UUAUAAAUACAAGCAUCAUUCUUCGUUUAUGUUACAAAACCGUAAACACAUUGUUUUCUCUGUCUUCCUUUCUUUCCAUGGAAGCUCAACACCUUCAUGCCAAGCCUCAUGCUGAAGGAGAAUGGUCCACAGGCUUCUGUGAUUGCUUCUCUGACUGCAAAAACUGUUGUAUCACAUUCUGGUGUCCAUGUAUAACAUUUGGCCAAAUCGCUGACAUUGUAGAUCGAGGAGCCACGACGUGUGGUACGGCUGGAGCUCUAUACGCAUUGAUAACUGCAGUAACUGGUUGUGGGUGUAUCUACUCGUGCUUCUAUCGUCAAAAGAUGAGAGCUCAAUACAAUAUUAGAGGUGAUGAUUGUGGAGAUUGCCUUAAACAUUUCUGCUGUGAACUUUGUGCCUUGACCCAACAAUACCGUGAACUCAAGCACCGCGGUUUCGAUAUGAAUCUUGGAUGGGCGGGAAACAUGGAGAGGCAACAGAACCAAGGAGGUGUGGUAAUGGGUGCUCCAGCCUUCCAAGGUGGCAUGACCCGCUAAGAUUUUUACUUUUUAUGUCAAUCAUAAUUUGUCAUAUGUGUAAUAAAAAACGAGGUUUAAUCCUCUGUUUAUGUUGUAUAAUAUGCUUGUUGUGAAAGUUUGAACAUGAGUGUUUUUCUUCAAUGUAAUUUAACUGUAUGGUUACAAGAAUUAAAUUACAACGUCGAGAAAAUGAUACCAAAACAA